AUGAAAUCUUCUGUUGCUCUUAUUGCCUUUUUGGCGCUCACCUCCGGCGCCCCUUCACGUGGCGUUCGGCACAAACAUCACGAUCACAAGCGUGAUAACGUUGUCACUGUUAUUGAGUAUGUUGAAAAAGUUACUCCACACGCAACAGAAGAAGCUUUUCCACACCCGACUGAAAAUUCUUCAGAACCUUCCGAAGUUCCUCCAAGUCCAACAAAAGACGCUUCGAGGCCUUCAGAAGCUCCCCCAAGCACUGCAGAAUUAUCCGUUUUUGGCGAUCUCGCCGCCUUUUCCGAGCCGCAUUCCGAAUUCGAGGACGGCAUCCAUGAUUGUGGCACGUUGCCCUUGGGCCAAGGUGUUAUCGCCGUGGACUGGAUUUCCGGAUUGACCGGAGGUUACACCACGAUCAUGAAUCUGAAUGGUGAUACUUCCAAUGUUUGCACAGAUGGCUUCUAUUGCUCGUACGCGUGCCGAGCUGGUGAGUCAAAAACACAAUGGCCGUUUCCGCAACCAGAAAGCGGCAUAUCCGUUGGCGGUUUGUUAUGUAAAAAGGGAAAGUUGUACAGACCAAAUACUUCGGAAAAAUUCUUGUGUGCCUGGGGCAAGAAUUCAGCAAGCUUUGUGUCUCAUAUCGAUCGGCAUAUCGCCAUCUGCCGAACCGAUUACCCUGGUUCCGAGAAUAUGAACAUUCCAACAUUUUUGAAAGCAGGCUCUACUGCUCCCGUCUCAGUUGUUGAUCAAGCGACCUACUAUCACACCUUUGAAAAUAAGAGAACAAGCACUCAAUACUAUGUCAAUAAUGCUGGUGUUUCUCUCCAAAAAGGCUGUGAUUGGGGCGACGCAGAAUCGAAGGUUGGAAAUUGGGCACCAUUGACUUUGGGUGCUAGCUUCUUUGAAGGGCUCACGUACUUGUCGUUAUCUCCUAACCCAGAGACAGAUGGAAUCCCCAACUUCAAUGCUAAGAUUGAAGCUAGUCCCGGGGCCAAAAUCGUGGGCUCUUGUUCUAUCCAGAAUGGUGUCUAUUACAGCGACGGAAAUGUCAUGAAAAACGGCUGUACCGUCACUGUUGUCAGCGGGUCAGCAAAUUUUGUUUUUUACUGA